AUGGACUUGCUUAUAGCUAUCCCUUUGAUAAUUUCUAUUGUGUUUUGCAACUCAUGGUUUGCAUUUGGUGAAAAUACCUAUGAUGUACUAAAAUAUGGUGCCAAAGGAGAUGGCAAAUUUGAUGACACACAAGCAUUUGAGAAAGCAUGGAAAGAUUUAUGUGGAACAAAUCAAGUGACUCCAACCCUUGUUGUACCAGCUAAACAUACAUUUCUUGUGCAUCAAACAAGAUUCAAAGGUCCUUGUAAAUCUCAAAAUCUUCAUAUUCAGAUUGAUGGAAAUAUACUAGCACCAUUGAGAAAUGACUGGGGUUCAUGUUCAAAAAGAUGGCUUCAUUUUCAUACUGUGCCUGGUAUGACAGUUGAUGGAUCAGGAGUGAUCAAUGGCAGAGGUGAAGAUUGGUGGAGAAAUUAUAAUGCAACCAAAGGAUGUAUUGGAUCACCUACGGCUUUACUAUUUGAAAGAUGUGAUAGACUUCAACUAAACGGGCUCACACAUAUAAAUGGUCCAGGAUUUCAUGUAUAUGUAGUCCAUAGCAAAGAUGUAACAAUCUCACGUAUUAAUAUAAGUGCUCCAACAUAUAGUCAUAAUACUGAUGGAAUUGAUAUCUCAAAUUCAGUUAGGGUAAAUGUUCACGACUCUGUAAUACAAAGUGGUGAUGAUUGCAUUGCUAUUAAAGGUGGUUCACAAUUCAUUAAUGUCACUCAAGUUACAUGUGGGCCUACCACUCAUGGCAUUAGUGUGGGGAGUUUAGGAAAUGGUCAAGAUGAAGAAUUUGCAGAAAUUAUAAACGUCAAGAAUUGCAUAUUCAACGGAGCUUCUAGUGCAGCUAGAAUCAAGACAUGGCCGGGGGGAAGAGGAUACGUUAAAUCUGUUAUUUACGAUCAGAUCAUAGUCAAUAAUGUAAAGAAUCCCAUACAAAUUGAUCAACAUUACAUGAAAACUCCAGAAAAGAAAGAGGCACUUAAAGUGAGUGGUGUAACAUUUAGUAAUAUUCAUGGAACAUGCGGUGGAGAAAAUCCUAUUGUGCUAGAUUGUGCCAAGAUAGGGUGUGACAAUGUUAACUUGUCACAAAUCAGCAUUACACAAGUUAAUCCAAAGAAGCCAAGUAAAACAAUAUGCAAUAAUGUUAAAGGAACAACAAAUACUAAUGUUUCACCUCCCUUACACUGUGUACAAACAUAA